AUGGUUGCAAUCUCUGCCUCUCUGCUCCUCCUCACUCUGAUUCACCGGCUUUUGUGCAUCUCAGCUCUUGAUUUCCUCUUGCCAGGUUCCUCCCUGUCUAUAGAGGAUGUGCUCUAUUCACCAGAUGGAACUUUCACCUGUGGCUUCAAAACCUCCUUCGAUGGCUCCAAUGCCUCCACCUUCUCCAUCUGGUUUUCCAACUCGUCCGAAAAAACCGUUGUCUGGAGCGCAAAUGCUCUACACCCUGUGUACACCUGGGGAUCCAAAGUUGAGUUAAAAUCCGAUGGCAGCAUGAUUUUGAAAGAUUAUGCUGGCCAGAUUGUGUGGACCAACAACGUGAGCUCUUCGUCUGAUGCUCAGCAAGCUCAGCUCUUGGACACUGGGAACCUCGUUGUGAAAGGCAAAGGAGGUAACACUCUGUGGCAAAGCUUUGAUUCUCCUACUGAUACAUUAUUACCCACUCAGAGCAUUACUGCUGCUACAAAGUUGGUAUCUACAAAUAGGUUGCUUGAUCCUGGCCACUACAGCUUCCAUUUUGAUGAUCAAUACUUACUUUCACUAUUUGAUGAUGAGAAGAAUAUAUCUUUUAUCUACUGGCCAGACCCUAGUGGUACUAUUUGGUCGAAGAAUAGAAGUCCGUUCAACAGCACUACAAAUGGGGUUCUGGAUAGCCUGGGGUAUUUCCUUGGAAGCGAUAAUGCAACAUUCAUCGCUGCUGAUUGGGGUCCUGGUAUUGUGAGGAGACUAACACUAGAUUAUGAUGGAAAUCUCAGGCUGUAUAGUCUUGAUAAGGGAGACAGGACAUGGUCAGUGACAUGGAUGGCGUUUCCUCAGCUCUGCAAAGUACGUGGUUUAUGUGGUCAGAAUGGAAUAUGCGUGUAUACACCAGUUCCUGCAUGUUCUUGUGCCCCUGGUUAUGAGUUCGUUGACCCAAGUAAUCGGAGCAAAGGCUGCAGCCCAAGGGUCAACCUCAGCUGUGAUGGACAGAAGGUGAAAUUUGUUAGGCUCCGUAAUACUGAUUUCUUAGGGUAUGAUCUAACUGUUCAUCGUUUUGUUUCUCUUGCCUUCUGCAAGAAUAUAUGCUUGAAUGACUGCAGGUGUAAGGGUUUUGCCUACUGGGAAGGAAUUGGUGAUUGCUAUCCAAAAUCUGUUCUUCUUGGUGGUGUAACCCUAAGUAACCUUGGCAGUACUGGUAACAUGUAUAUCAAGCUUCCUGAGGAAGUACAAGUGUCAAUGUCCUCAAUUCCCCAUUCACAACCUUUUGGUCCUAAAUAUGGCCCUAACUGCAAUAAAACAAACAACACUUUCAUGGCAAAUUUUUUGGAUACACUUAACAGUGGGCAGAACGCAUCGAAGUUUUUGUAUUUCUACGGAUUUUUAUCAGCAAUAUUUCUAGCAGAGAUAGCAUUUGUUAUAUUAGGAUGGUUUAUUUUGAGGAGGGAGGCCAAGCAAUACAGAGGAGUAUGGCCAGCUGAGGGUGGAUAUGAAAUGAUAGCUAACCAUUUUCGCAGGUACACCUACAGAGAGUUGGUGUUGGCCACUAGAAAAUUUAAGGAUGAGCUUGGAAAGGGCGCAUCAGGCAUCGUGUAUAAGGGAGUCUUAAAAGACAAUAGGGUAGUGGCUGUGAAAAAAUUGGUAGAUCUAAAUGAAGGUGAAGAAGAGUUCCAGCAUGAAUUGAGUGUGAUUAGCAGGAUUUACCAUACAAAUCUGGUGAGGGUUUGGGGAUUCUGUUCUGACGGUCCACACAGAAUAUUGGUCUCAGAAUUUGUGGAGAAUGGCUCGUUGGACAAAAUCUUGUUUGGCCGUGAUGGCUCACACAACUUACUUGGAUGGAAGGAAAGGUUUAAUAUUGCGCUUGGCGUGGCAAAAGGAUUGGCAUACCUUCAUCACGAAUGCUCAGAGUGGGUAAUCCACUGUGACAUGAAGCCUGAAAAUAUAUUGCUGGAUGAGAACAUGGAGCCAAAAAUUGCUGACUUUGGCCUUGCAAAGCUCCUGAACAGAGAUGGAUCUAAUAAAGACAUAUCAAGGAUCCGAGGAACAAGAGGUUAUUUGGCACCUGAAUGGGUUUAUAGUCUGCCAAUAACCGCGAAGGUAGAUGUGUACAGCUUCGGAGUUGUGCUUCUAGAAUUGCUAAAUGGAGCUCGUGUUUCAGAAUUAGAAAGGAGUGAUGAUGAGGAUGUGAAAAUGGCCCUGGGAAGGGUAAUUAAGCUAUGUUCAGAGAAACUUAAGUCAGAUUGCAGCAAUCAGUCUGGGAUUGUUGACUUCGUUGACACCCGAUUGAAUGGCCAAUUCAACAACUCACAAGCAAGAAUGAUGAUGGAACUAGCUAUCUCAUGCCUUGAAGAAGAUAGAGUCAGAAGACCAACCAUGGAAUGUGUGGUACACAAACUUUUAUCAGUUGAUGAAGUCAGUACUCAGUAGCACACCUGUAACAACAACUGUGUGUUCAAUUUGAACUUGCUAAGUUAAUAAAGACUAUGCAAAAAGGUAUGCCCAAAACAACACAAAA